GCUGUCCUCAGUGAAAGCGAUUCUGGUCCAAGUAUUGGUUCCAAUUGCUGAGUCGGGCUAAAAAUAACCCAUCUCCUGACACAGACGGAGGAAAAGGAAGAAAGAGCUGGAGUGAUCAGCAUACUAACUAGAGAUGCUUUAGUGUGUUAUACAUAAAUACCUCUCGGCCUAGACUGGAAUAUUCAAGCAUUCACUCUCAGCUCCUUAUCCUCCUCCUCCAUCUUCCCUACUAUUCUCCUCUUACUCUCCUCUGUCUCGCCUACCUUUCUUUCCAUUCAGCCCGUGUCACAUUCUCAGUCUAGAUUUAUUAACUAUUUUUUUUUCUCUAUUUUAACAAACGCAAAGUCAUCGCCAUGGCUGCCGCUAUCAAAGAAACGGUCUCGAACCUAGUCAAUAAGAUCCACGGACAACCAGAAGAUGCCCCGCGUGAACCGUCCGCCGAGGAAUUCCAACAGCUGCGACAAAAGUAUGAGGCCGCCAACCAAGGCCAUGUGUUUGCGUUCAUCGACGAACUGAAGCCCCUCGAGAAGACCCUCCUCUUCCACCAACUGGCCAACUUCGACCCCACCCGCAUCAACGAGCUCGCCGACAAGGCCCUCAACCCCUCCCAAACCCACGAAGAAUCCGCCGCCUCCCUCGAACCUCUCCCCGACGUCGCCACCGCCUCCAUCCUCGACUCCGAUCCCAAAGACCUCCAGCGAUGGUACGAUGAGGGUCUCCAGCUCGUCGCGGACAACAAGGUCGCCGUCGUGUUGAUGGCCGGCGGCCAGGGUACCCGUCUCGGAAGCUCCGCCCCCAAGGGCUGCUUUGACAUCGGUCUCCCCAGCCACAAGCCGCUCUUCCAGAUCCAGGCUGAGCGCAUCGUCAAGCUGCAGCAGCUGGCUCAGAAGAUCUCCGGCAAGCCGGCUGUCAUUCCCUGGUAUGUGAUGACCAGCGGGCCUACGCGCAAGCCGACGGAGCAGUUUUUUGAGAAGCAUAAUUACUUUGGUCUGGAUAAGAGCAAUGUCUCUAUCUUUGAGCAGGGCGUCCUGCCUUGUAUCUCCAACGAGGGCAAGAUCAUGCUGGAGAGCAAAUCCAAGGUCGCAGUCGCCCCCGAUGGCAAUGGCGGCAUCUACCAAGCGCUGGUGACGUCCGGCGUGCGGGAAGACAUGCGUGCGCGCGGCAUCGAGCACAUCCACAACUACUGCGUCGACAACUGCCUCGUCAAGGUCGCCGACCCGGUCUUCAUCGGCUUCGCAGCCUCGAAGAAGGUCGACAUCGCGACCAAGGUGGUGCGCAAGCGCAACGCCACCGAGUCCGUGGGCCUGAUCCUGCAGCGCAACGGCAAGCCCGAUGUGGUCGAGUACUCCGAGAUCGACGAGGCGACCGCCGAAGCGGUGGACCCCAAGCAGCCGGACCUGCUCAAGUUCCGCGCGGCCAACAUCGUCAACCACUACUACUCGUUCAAGUUCUUCGAGUCGAUCGAGACCUGGGCGCACAAGAUGCCGCACCACGUCGCCCGCAAGAAGAUCCCCUGCAUCCUGGCUGAGAGCGGCGAGUUCUACAAGCCUGAGAAGCCGAACGGCAUCAAGCUGGAGCAGUUCGUCUUUGACGUCUUCCCCAUGACGCCUCUGGAGAAGUUUGCUUGCAUCGAGGUCCGCCGCGAGGACGAGUUCUCGCCGCUGAAGAACGCCCGCGGGACUGGCGUCGACGACCAGGAUACCAGCCGGCAGGAUAUCAUGAGCCAGGGGCAGCGGUGGAUCGAGAAGGUCGGCGGUGUGGUUGUCACUGAUGGUGAGGCUGUCGGUGUGGAGGUUUCUCCUUUGAUCAGCUACGGCGGAGAAGGACUGGAGUUCCUCCAAGGACGCGAGAUCAAGGCCCCGGCCGUGAUCGAAAAGGAGGAAUAG